GUAAGUUUCUGCAGCUGAUCCCUCAGGUUUUUUACGGACUUUCCAUUUGAGGAGCAAGCAAAUCCCCACUAAAAAAAUCAUCUCCAGAGAUGUCGCAAGAGGCGGGGAAAGGGCGCAGGGUUUGAAACAUGGCGGACGACGUGGACCAGCAACAAAUUACCAACACUGUCGAAGAGCCCCUCGAUCUUAUCAGGCUCAGUCUGGAUGAGCGAAUUUAUGUGAAAAUGAGAAAUGACAGGGAGCUACGAGGUAGAUUACAUGCUUAUGAUCAACAUUUAAAUAUGAUAUUGGGAGAUGUGGAAGAGGCUGUGACUACCAUAGAAAUUGAUGAGGAAACAUAUGAAGAGAUAUAUAAAUCAACAAAACGGAAUAUUCCAAUGCUUUUUGUCCGGGGAGAUGGUGUUGUCCUAGUUGCCCCUCCAUUAAGAGUUGGUUGAAACAAAGAAUACAUCCUGAGUGGAAAUUAGGAGACUUUAUAUGAUUGCGUCUUUAAAGGUAGAAGAUAUUCAAAAGAGAAACCUGCGUAAAUUUUGAUAAUAAUAAAUGACAAAGGAAUCUUCUGCUCCUGAAAUGAGUUUAUGUGCACAUAACACAAAUUCUUACGCUAAAUGGCAUUUUUAUUUUUCUCCAACCCUUCCAAUAAAUGUGAUCACUAAAAUGCAGCCCUAUUUUUUAGGCGUUAAUUUGCUCCAUUGGUUUUUCCAGACAAUUUCUGUUUUUUUAAUUUAAAUUAAACUUGAUGUUUUCUUUUUUUGUUU